UCUAAGAAGAUUGGUAUAAAUAUGGGUAAGACUACUCAUUCUCCGGGCGGAGGGAGGGGGCCCCGGUGCAACGUCCACUGCAGCCCAGAAAGAAAAGAACCCCAAGCGCAGAAAAGAAGCACAGAACUUCUGCCCAUUACGCCAAGGACUGAAGCAUCAGAAGAAAGAAAGAACCGUAGUCCGCAGGGCCUCCAGGGCACAGAACCUCCCUCCGCCCCUGCGCAGAACCAACGCCUAUCUCCCUUGGCUCCGCCGCUCGCCAUGCACUGCUUCUCUUGACUGCCUGCAGCCGUUCCCUUGACUGCCUGCGGCUGACCUGCUUCUUCAGAUUCGGCUCCAGUUCUCUCGAGCCUCGAGAAUGCCAAGUAUACCUCCCCAGACAUUCAAAAGGAACUUUUAGCUCUUCUGGCUAAUCAUGUUCGGCGUAUGAUUCGUGAGGAAAUCGGAGACAAGUAUUUUUCUAUACUUGUAGAUGAGUGCAAAGAUGAAUCUGAUAGAGAGCAAAUGGCUAUUAUUCUUAUAUUUGUGAACAUUGAAGGUUCACAAGUUGCGAGGUCAAGGAUAUAAUGGUGCAAGUAAUAUGCGUGGACAAUGGAAUGGAUUGCAAGCAAUGUGACCCAGUUUGAUUUUUUUGUCAAUGUUGGAUAAAGUUAUCAACAUCGUAAAAUCUUCACUAAAGCGAAACACAUAAUUACAAGAAGCACAUAGAUUGGAAGUCAUUGGUAUGUUAGCUCGGGGGGAGCGGGAUUCAGGCCGAGGAAAAAAAUCAAAUGUCAUCCUUGCAAAGAUUAGGUACUACUCGGUGGGGCUCUCAUUAUGAAUCUAUCUUGAGUAUGAUAGAAAUGUUUAAUGCAACGUGUACAGUUCUUAUGAGUAUUGCAUGUGACAGUCCAAAUCCCAAAGCUCGAAUUGAAGCUGAUGGUGUUUGCACUAGUGUUAAGAGCUUUGAUUUUGUGUUUGGUUUGCAUUUAAUGGAAGCAGUUAUGCGUAUAACAGAUUUUGUUUGUCAAGCAUUACAAAGAGAUAAUGUUGACAUCUUAUCUGCAAUUGGUUUUGUUGAAACCGCAAAAGAUUUGCUUCAAAAGUUGCGAAAUGAAGGGUGGGACAACUUGUUUGAGAAAGUCAAACAAUUUUGCUUGCAGCAUGAAAUUAAUGUGUCUGACAUGAUGAGCAAGCUUAUGCGUGGUCGAAAAGAGGUAGAUAUGAAGCAUUGUGAAGAAUGAAAUUCGUAACAAGAUAAAAAAUGAAUUUCUUGCUGAUCAUUUGACCAUCUUUAUUGAAAAGGAAUUUGACAACAAAAUCGACGUUGACUCUGUCAUAGAUGAGUUUGCUAAGGUCAAAGAGCGUCGUGUUCAGUUAACGUUUUAGUUUCAAACAUUGUAUGCAUUGUUUAAAACUAUUACUAUGAAUUUUAAUGGAUUCUAAUCGUUAUGUUCACA